AUGACUUAUUUGACAUAAUUAUGGAUUAUGCAUUUUGUUUACCUAAAAGUUGUUUUGUUUGUUAUCUUUUAUCAAGUUGAUCUGAGGCUUACGCCUUGUUCCGCCUCGAGGCAUUUUCCUCUACCGCCUCGAGGCUAGUUUUCGCCUUUUAAAACCUUGAUGUAUGUAUGUGUGUAUGUAUGUUCCUUUCAAGCAUAAGCUUCCUUUCAAGCAUAAGGGUCUUAAUAAUAAGCCUGAAGUUCCUUAUGUGCGCAAGAGAUACCAGAUGGGACAAAUAGAUUAAAAAGCAUUUAAGGCGAUUGACAAUGUCAAUAGAAGGAGAUGGAGGUUGAUGUGGUACUCUAAGCAUAUUUGAACUAUCUUCAUUGAAGGUAAUCGUUAUCAAUGUGAAAUGAAAUGUUGUCCACACAAAUGAGCUUUCUUACAUGACAUGGUGCAAUGAGGUGAUCAUAUGUAGCAUAGUGAAAAUUGACAAUUUAAAAGAACUAACCACACUUAGAUUUUACUUCAAAGAUGACAUUGCAGAUGUCAUUCUAGUGACAGGUUGUGACAGGUGGUACCUUAAAAGUCUUUGUUCCAAACCACGGUAGCCUUAAUGCAUCUUAAAGGGAAGAAGAAACCUUGGCUCCUUUGAACUUGAAUUUUAUAUUGGGUUUCUAAUGACUACAUUCUUUAAACUUCCAAACUGUUUCUAUCAUUACCAGAGUUUUGUACUUUCUUCCGAGAUUUUAGCACUUCUCAUUAGAGCAAAAGCCCUCAUUAUGAUGAAAAAGAAUUCUGUGGAACAUCUUGUUCAAAUGGGGAUCUCAAACCGAAGCAUGGAGCAUAUUCAUGGCUGUUUGAUUAAUGGGUGCAACACAAGUACAACUGUCAAGCAAAUUGUUGGCUUUCCAACCUUAAUACGCCGGUUCUAAGCAAUUGGUCACAAAUGAAAGAGCUGUUCUAAAAAAAUUAUGCUAUGAGUUUCAAACACCUGGAGAUAAGAGAUCAGAGAUUGCUCGGCAAUUGAAGAGAUUAACACGUUAUCAGAUGGUGGUGAUCUUUUACCAGCACUAAAAACUCUCGUGCUUUGAGAAAGAUAUGCUCAGAUAUGAAUUGGCCUUCCAUUAGCACUUUGCAAAUACUUGGGUGUCCCAAGCUGACAGAGCUACUUUUCAAAGAAAAUUGUGCAACUAAUCUGUGUAUUAUCAAAGUUGAGAAGAUGUGGUAGGGGAACUUAGAAUUGCAUCAUGAGAUCAAACAGAAAUUUGAGCGAUAUUGUAAAUUCAGAUAAUACUUGAUGAAAAGGUUAGGAGUCUGCACAGGGUGUAAAUUCAGUUCUUGAAGAAAACUAGAGAAGUCUUGAAAUUGGGCCAUGAGAUCAAACAGAAAUUUGAGCCAUACUGUAAAUUCAGCUUAGAAAAAGGAACAGAGCAGAACCAAUAGUGGAGGAAAACAAAAUCAAAAACAACAAAAAUGCAGAAAAAUGGAGAAGUGGAGAACAUAUUAGACCAAACUUUACAAUGCAAAUGGAGUGUAACGCCCUGAAACCUGGCCUAUCAGAAUUAAUUAAUUAUUGUAUUCUGAUAGGCCGGGUUUCGGGGCGUUACAUGGAGGUUGUACAGCAAGUAGAAAAUUCAGCAGGCAAUGCAAAGGAGCAGAUUGUCAAAAAGGAGAAUGGAGAGCAGUACAUUGUAAAAGAAGGGAAAGGAAAUGAAGAGGGCAACGUUCUAGAUGAACAUAUUUUACAUGAAGAUGCAGAAGAUUCAGCAACUGUGAGGUUUGAGAUUUUUACAUAUGCUGUAAACUUUGCUUGCAUUAGAUUGUUCAUUCAAGUUACUUUCUUCAGUGGCAAAAUUAAAGCUUGCUUGCAUUGGGUUGCUGUUAUUAUGGAAACAUGAAAGCUACAUACUAAAAUGCUAAUACCAGUUCCAUUCUGAAGACAAAUGCUUUCAGAUAUCGACAGAUUUUAUGUAGUGAAUAUAAGUUGUACUCCCUC